AUGCCAAAAAACAGAUAUCAGGAUUUUUAUACAAUAAUGGCCCAAAAUAUAACCUAUCCAGAUCCACCAAUUAACAUGGUUCUUUUUAUAAAACUUAAAGAGAGUGAAUCUGAAAUUGAUACGAUGCGUUUUGGCUUUAAGGGCGUUGUGUCUUUCCAUCUUCCCUUCAACAUUCUCGCACUUCCUUCUCUCUUUUCUCUAUUGAGACCACGGUGUGAUUCUACCGCCGCCAUUACCACCAUAACAUACCUCAAACCAUCCAUAAUCUCACUCGGAUUGCAUCCUGACCUCAAUCAUCAUAUCAAUCUCUCGCGAAAAUUCAAGACCAGGCCGGAUCUAUGA